AUGUUUUACUAUGUCUUCCUCAACGUUUACAAGAGCAUGUUUGGCAAGUACGAGGCCAAGGAAGACAUUGCCUACGAGUACAUCCUUGCGGCAUUCAAAGUCUGCGUGGACAAGAUACCGACAGCGACUACUGAUAGCACGGUCCGAACACACGUCACAGGACACUCUCUUGGCGGGGCCUAUUCCUCCUUCUCCUACGCUCAGAUUCUCGUCGAUGACGCCAAGCUCACCCAGGAGAAAAUCCAAACGGGUGACGAAUACAUCUUCGGAUGCCCCCGCGUUGGGAGCAACGAUUGGGCAGCUAUGAACCAAGACCUCGUGUCAAAGAAAGAAGGUCAGUCUUGGCGUACAGUGAACUACGAGGACCCCGUCCCGCAAGUCCCUCCAACUACCUUGAAGCCCGAGUAG